UCGUCCAUGCUCUAGCAAUGUUUCAAAGAAGGACUUAAUGAAAAUUUCUAUUCCCAAGGAACUGGUACCCAAUGAUAUCAUCAAGUAUCAUCCAAGGUUUAAUCUUUCUAACUCUUUUGUUAUUGAUUUACCUACUAACUUUUAUUUACUAUUUGGAGGGACGAUACAAAAACGUGGAAUUGAUGUAUUGAGUUGCGAGGAUAAGUAUCUUUGCAAUCUUGAUAAGAAAUUGCCACUCUCCAAUUUGCAAAUAAACGAUUUGAAGGAAAAGCUAUCCCACCAUCCUCAUGAUGAUUCAAGGAAAUAUGAAGUUACCAAAUAUGAAGUCAAGAGGUUGACCAUUGGAGAAAGGUAUGAGGAUUCCAUCCAUCCUACAUCAAGAAGGUCUUCAAUGAGAAAUCAUUUCGAUUUGAGGACAAAUCGCCAAAAAGAAAGGGAGGAUGAUGUGAGCACGUUUAGGGCCGGUUUUCUCCAUGACGAAAACCCCUCAAGGACGUUCUACCUUAUUAACUCUAAGGGAGGAACACAAAGCUCAUGCUCCAUACUGGGCGGUUUUUGAGGAGGUUAUUUAACAUAUUUUCAUGGUACAAAACGACAACAAGGCUAUUAAAAUAUAGCACAAGUUGGAGCAGCGUAUUGAAGCUCUUAUCCAACUCACUCUACGGCAAUUAAGGAUAUGUGGGAGACAACAUGUGAUGGGCAGCACUUGUUCUUGUUAUAACAGCACUAUACAUUAAAAUAACUUGUUAUUUUAAUCAUAUAGGAACACCAAGUGAUCAGCCCCAUGCUGGACGGUUUUUAAGGGAUUCUUUGAACACAAAUCCAGCACAUAACACGACCAUGUGGGUUGAUAAAGAAAGGAGAACGUUUUGGAAGCUUAUGGAGCAUUAAAGGAACACCAAAGAGUAUCCCCAUGAUGCACGGUUAA